UAACAGGGUAGUGAAAUUAUACUACAAGCCCCAGCAUCCCCUUCUGUUUUCCCAACCGCCCCGUUGCUCUGUUUACAUCCGGGUCUGAUGCGACUCAUUGCAGUUGGAUAUGUAACUACAGGCCCUUAAAAUCCACCAUAGUGUUUGCUUAUUCUUGUCAAAUGAUUCUGUGUCGUUCUUUGCGUCUGAAUUUCGUGUCCACUGGUCUGGUUUGUUGCUGCGCUAAGAGAACAUGGGUGAAACACAGCAGUUCGAAUCAUGUAAAUGCUUCGGCUGUACACGACUGGACGACGACCAGCCGGCGGUGGUGUCAUGGCAUCUUGUUGGACUUGUACAGGGAUGAGAGCGUUCAGAAGUAUGUUGGGCAGCUAGUGGAGGAGCACAGAUAUUUGAACAAUAAGCUUCAACGUGCGCAUCUAAGUAACUCUGACAGAAAAGCGAUGGUGAGGCGACAUUCGGAGCUGCAGCCACUGGCCAAAAUCUGGACGAGUAUUGAACAAAGUGUGAAAGAGCUGGAGGAAGUCAGGUCUCUACGACCAAGUUCCUCUACUUCCGAAGAUAAACAGUUUGCUGACCUGCUGGAGCAGGAGGAAGAAAACAUUUUGAAGAAAAUGAUGGCUUCCAGACAAGACCUGAUGAGGGCUCUGGUGCCAGUGGACCCCUGGGAUUCCAGUGAUGUAGUCUUGGAGGUGGUUUCAGGAAGGACAACUGGAGGUGAUAUAUGUCAGCAGUUCACUAAAGAAAUGUUCCAAAUGUACCAGGGCUUUGCCUUCUACAAGAGUUGGGUCUUUGAGACACUGAACUACUCUUCUGCUGAGUAUGGUGGUUUGCAUCAUGCACUAGUAAGAAUAGCAGGCGAGAAUGUCUACAGACAUCUGAAGCACGAGGGCGGCACUCACCGGGUUCAGAGGAUCCCUGAAGUGGGCCUCUCCUCGAGGAUGCAGCGUAUUCACACUGGAACCAUGACUGUGAUCGUCCUGCCUCAGCCCACUGAGGUGAAUGUCAACAUUGAUCCAAAAGACCUCCGCAUUGACACGUACAGAUCUCGAGGCGCUGGGGGUCAAAGUGUCAACACUACAGAUAGUGCUGUUCGCAUUGUUCAUCUACCCACAGGGGUGUCAGUGGAAUGUCAACAGACUCGCUCCCAACUCCAAAACCGAGACACAGCCAUGCGCAUGCUGAGGGCCAGACUCUACCAGAGCAUGACGGGUGAUAAGACCGAGCAAAGGCUUUCUGCGCGGAAACAGCAGGUGGGAACUCGCUGUCAGUCUGAAAGGAUCCGGACUUAUAACUUCAGCCAGGAUCGAGUCAUUGAUCAUCGGACAGGCUACAUGGCCAGAGAUAUCAAGGAGUUCAUGAAAGGAGGUGAGGAGCUUGAUGACCUGAUCACUGACCUGCUGGACCGUGCUGAACAAGAGGCUAUAUUGGACCUUGUGGAGACCAACAGCAGAAGACAGACGAAGUAGGGUCUGGACCAACUGAAAAUUGACUUGAGUUUAAAUAAUGAUGAGGUUGUCUUGAUGCUCACACAAACUGUAUGCUAACUUAUUCAGUCGAUGGAAAUUAAACUGCAAAGAUUUUACUAUGCUUUUUUUUAAAUAAAAUAUUUGAGA